AUGAAUUCAGGAAAAUUUGUUCAGCCUGAGCCUCGAAAUACGUUUACAUCUUAUCAACCACCUUCCUCGCACAGUUUGGUACCUCAUCCACCGAUCCCGCAACAAUCUCAUAUCGGUCCAGUAGUUCCUAUUGGUGCAGUGAGUUUCGGACCUUAUCCUCAGAAUGUGUUCUGUCCAACAUGUAACCAACAAGUGCUCACUUCUACCCAUAAGAAAUCUGGUGUUCUUGCCUGGUUGGUAUCGAUCGGUUGUUGUCUAUUCGGUUGCAUAUGUGGCUGCUGUUUAAUUCCCUUUUUUUCAAGUAUCACUUUAGAUGUUGAACAUUCGUGUCCAAAAUGUGCCCGAAAACUUGGUAUUUAUAGUAAAAUCUAA